UGGAGAAGGGAGGACGCGUGGGCCGAGGCAGAGACUGCGAGCGGAUGUGGUCGUGGAGGGAGCAGCGAAGUCGGCGGCCGUGAUCUGCGCCUGGUCGUGGGAAGAAGGGCCAGGCCGUGGUUAAAGGGCUUUCUUACAAUCCGCGAGGUCGUGCGGGGAGCUUGGGAACAUCAAGGGCAUGACUAGCAUAAAAGCCAUACCUUCUAUCUACAAGCCCUCUGCCUUGACAAGCUCACGAAGCUUUGCGGAGAGUGGUGAUCCUCAUGGAGCCUUUCCACUCCGCCGACGAGCGAGGAAACUCGGAUCCAUGCUCCUCCGUGCACCCCGUAUGCGGUGCAUCCCACGAGCGCCCAAGUUUAAGGAGUUGGCGAAUGGCAGCUGCCAAUCUCGCCAUGGCCGUACCCAGUCGGGAAUAGCGCGCUGCGGAACGGCGUCUUUUCCCUCAUCCGAAGCGCCAUCGGAUGAACGCAACAACUCGACUCGCCAACCCACACUCACACCACCGCAGCUAGCAACAACCCUUGGACCGAGAGACCAACCACCCACGCCUCGGCGUCCGAAAGCGCGAUGCCCCCAUGCACGACGGCCCCGGUUCUGCUGUGCUGAGCCGCAUCUCCAGUUACAUCAUGCGAGUCCUCGUGUACGACUCGCUUGACCGCACAAGACCGCCAUGAAUCAACAAGCUUCUUGGGAGCUCGAGACGGAAUCUCUCAGCAAUAAUAGAUGCCAGAAAAGGCUGCAGGCCUCGGCGCCCUG